AUGGGACGGUCUCCAUGUUGCAAUAAGGUGGGGUUGAAGAAAGGGCCAUGGACUCCCGAAGAAGAUCAAAAGCUCUCAGCUUACAUUGGACAACACGGCCAUGGAAGCUGGAGAGCUUUGCCUGCAAAAGCUGGGCUUCAAAGAUGUGGUAAGAGUUGCAGACUCAGGUGGAUUAACUACUUGAGACCCGAUAUCAAAAGAGGAAAGUUCAGUUUACAUGAAGAACAAACCAUCAUUCAGCUCCAUGCCCUUCUCGGAAACAAGUGGUCGGUUAUUGCAACUCAUUUACCGAAAAGAACGGACAACGAGAUCAAGAACUACUGGAAUUCACAUAUGAAGAAAAGAUUGAGCAAGAUGGGGAUCGAUCCGGUCACCCACAAGCCUAAAAUCGAUGCCCUCGAGUCCGCAACCGGUAACCCCAGCGAUGCAGCUUACCUCAGUCAUAUGGCUCAAUGGGAGAGUGCUCGGUUAGAAGCCGAAGCUAGGCUGGUUCUAGCGUCAAAACUCGUGUCGAACCCUCCUCAAAGCCUUCCGAUAGCCGCUGGUUCCUCCUCCUCCUCCUCUUCUUCUUCUUCCUCGGUUAUGGCACCACCAAUAAUUAGGCCCCAAUGCAUUGACGUACUCAAAGCUUGGCAAGGCGUAGUCACCGGAUUGUUCACUCUCAAUACCAACAACCUCCAGUGUCCGACACCGACAUUGAACUUGAUGGAAAACAUGUUACCUAACGGAUUAAUCAACGACUGCCUCGUCGGGAACUCAUCGGUUCCUUGUGAAGGUUGGAAAAAUAAGGAAAGAUUAUUGGAUACCACUAUGAGGUUGGAUGAAAUGGCUGCAUGGUGUCAUCAAGAUUCAUACAAGGAAGAAAUUAUAAACAUGAAUAUGGAAGGUAAUAAUUAUCCGGAUAUAAUGGUUCGGGAUUCCGGCAAUGAUCAUCGGCAGAGUUCGUCAAUGGCGGCGCCUAAUAAGAACUUGAAUGAACCAAACUACGGUGGUGAUAGCAGUAGUAGUGUCGAGGAGAUCAUGAAUUACUGGAAUAAUAUCCUUAAUUUGGUUACUGAUUAUGCAUGGCUACCAUGA